UCCUGAAGUUUCUUAUAUAACUUAAGGAGCCCAUGUUCCAAAGCGAGGCUGUCUGUCAUUUGCAAGAAAGAUGGCCGCUGGAGAAGGUUCACAUGGCGACUGGUGCCUGAUCGAGAGCGAUCCUGGUGUCUUUACUGAGCUUAUUCGCGGCUUUGGAUGCACUGGUGUGCAAGUUGAAGAGCUUUGGUCACUUGAUGAUCACACUUUAGAUCUUUUAAGGCCAGUCCAUGGGUUGAUUUUUCUGUUCAAAUGGAGGCCAGGUGAGGAAACUGAGGGCUCAAUUGUUAAAGAUUCAAGACUAGAGUCAAUAUUUUUUGCAAGACAGGUUAUCAACAAUGCAUGUGCAACCCAGGCAAUUCUAAGUGUUCUUUUGAAUUCCAAUCAUCCAGAUGUUCGCCUUGGUGAAACACUUACAACUUUUAAAGAGUUUACAACACAGUUUGAUGCCUCACUGACUGGCCUAUCUAUAACAAAUUCUGAUAGCAUCAAGCAAGUUCAUAACAGUUUUGCAAGGCAAGCUAUGUUUGAAUUUGACAACACCAAGAAGGAGAAAGAUGAUGACGUGUACCAUUUUGUUGCCUUUGUGCCUAUUCAAGGAAGAUUAUAUGAAUUAGAUGGCUUAAAAGAGGGACCAAUUGAUCAUGGAGCUUGCACACACGAAGGGUGGUUGAAAAUCUGCAAACCAAUUAUAGAAGGCAGAAUGCAAAAGUACUCUGCUGAGGAAAUACAUUUUAAUUUAAUGGCUGUGGUAUCAGACAGAAAGCAUUUAUACCUGAGAGAAAUCGAUAGGCUUCAUAACAAAAAGAAUGAGCUGAUAAACUUGCCACCCGAGGCAGUGGGUUUAGAGGGCCGACAUUCCCCUGAAGAACUAUCAAAGCUGCUACAAGGCAUGGAUGCGGAGAUUGUGCGAUUCCAGUCUCUUAUUACCAACGAGGAAGACAAAAUGCUCCGCUAUAAAAUUGAGAAUGUGCGUCGAAAGCAUAACUAUUUACCAUUCAUAAUGGAGCUACUGAAAAUUCUGGCCAAGAAAGGAGACCUUGUAACAAUGGUGGAAAAGGCGAAAUCGUCCACAAAAUCUCUUCACGAAGCAAAGAAACGGCGUAAGGAAGAAAUGAAACAAGGAAGCAAGUGAAUUUAUGGGAUCGCGAUGUUUGAAUUUUGCAAUUCCAUAUAGGUUGAUGAACUCUUAUUUAUUGAUCGGUCUAAGGUAUAAGGUUAUAGGGGGGAAGGAGUCGCCGUACUCCCUUUUUUAAAAAUAAAACGAUAAGAUAAUUUCAAAUACUUGUUGUAAUGCAUUAUUGUUUUAACCAUAUAUUGUUGCUUUUUUGACUUGUUAAUCUUUCGUUUUCCAUUGAAUGCAUUGUUUUCUAAACGGCUUUAAGGCCUUUUGUUUAUUAACUCAAGACAAUAGAUUUCAGUGGAAAUCGAAUAGAAUUGUU